AUGGAUUUCUUUAACGAUUCAAAUGUUUCUCUUGAAGACACUAAUUCAACAACAACAACAACAGAUGCAGCCCUUCAUUGCAGUGCCAUCCUCCCUGUCAUCUUCGGCAUCAUCUGCUUUCUGGGUAUCAUUGGAAAUUGUAUUGUCAUCUACACAAUCAUGAAGAAGACCAAGUGCCGGGCAAAACAAACUGUUCCAGACAUUUUCAUCUUAAAUUUGUCAAUUGUUGAUCUCCUGUUUCUCCUUGGGAUGCCCUUCCUUAUCCACCAGUUGCUGGGCAACGGUUCCUGGCACUUUGGAGCCGCAAUGUGUACGGUCAUCACUGCUCUUGACUCCAAUAGCCAGAUUGUCAGUACUUACAUCCUCACUGCAAUGACCCUCGAUCGUUACUUGGCUACGGUCCAUCCUAUACGCUUCAACUACAUCCGCACACCUUGUGUGGCAGCGCUGGUCAUUGGCCUGGUGUGGGGUCUGUCGUUGCUCACCAUCAUCCCCGUUUGGAUGUAUGCAGGUCUGAUGCCUCUCCCGGAUGGCCUGGUGGCCUGUGCUCUCCUUUUGCCUGACCCAGUCACUAACACAUACUGGUUUACGCUUUACCAGUUCUUCUUGGCAUUUGCUAUACCUUUGAUCAUCAUCUGCCUGGUGUUCUUCAAGAUCCUCCAGCACAUGUCCACCAGCGUGGCACCACUGCCUCCACGGAGUUUGAGAGUGCGCACCAGGAAGGUGACCCGGAUGGCAGUGGCCAUCUGCCUGGCUUUCUUCAUCUGCUGGGCCCCUUACUACAUCCUUCAGCUAGUCCACCUAGGGGUGCAGAAGCCAAGUCUAGCUUUCUCCUACGCCUACAACAUAGCCAUUAGCAUGGGCUAUGCUAACAGUUGCAUCAACCCAUUCCUCUACAUUAUACUAAGUGAGACCUUCAAGAGGCAAUUUCUCAGGGCUGUACGCCCAAUUAAUAGAAAGUUCCGUGUAAACCCGAGCACCACUGAUGGUGGCAGUGUGAGUGUGAGAAUGGUACCUGAAGGGGCUCAUCAGGAGGAGCCAGCCUCUGGGGAGAUGAUACCAUCCAAUGUGGCUCCACAGUGA